AUGAGCCGGCCAUCACGGAUUCUGCUCUAUAGCUGCCACGGGGUGGUGCGGGAGGCUUUGGCAGACCAGCUCUCUAGAGACUCUCGGUUCUCGAUUGCGAGUGCCGGACGGGUCGGCGAGAUCCUUCCUGCGUUGGGCUCUGGCCCUCCUGAUCUGCUGCUACUCGACCUCAACAAACGGCAAGAGAAUCUCGGCGAGCUGGUACGCGAGGUGCGCCAGGCACAGCCGGCGAUCAAGAUUGUCGUGCUCGGUUUGCCUGAUCUCGAGCAGCCGAUCUUGCGCUGCAUCGAAGCUGGAGCCGAUGGCUUCGUCUGCAAGGAAGAAGAAGACUGGGAGCAGUUGGUCGAAUCUCUCGCUCGAGUCUUGCGGGGCGAGGUGCUGUGCUCGACCCGCAUUGCCGCGCCGCUGUUUUCUCGGCUGGCAGAACUGUCGCAGCGCCGCCGCGAGCAUCGGCAGGCAGAAGUUUUCAAGCUCACACCCCGCGAGAUCGAGAUCCUGCACUUGAUCGCCUGCGACUCGAGCAAUCGGCAUAUUGCAGAACAGCUCAGCCUAUCGGUCUACACAGUCAAGAAUCAUGUCCAUCACAUCCUCGAAAAGCUCGGCGUCGCCGAUCGCGGUGCGGCAGUGCGGCAUGCUUACCGCCGCGGUUGGAUCCGUGAUCGACGUCGUUGGUUGGCGCGCGGGGUCGGGUGA